AUGGUGCGGCGCGACACGGAGCGCUGCCCACCCCCCCCCCGCGACGCCGCGCGCCGCGCCGCCGUGACGUCACGGGGGUCGAAUCAAUAUUAUACCGAAUGCCCUCCCUCCGUCGUCGUCGGUCCUCGCGAGAGCGCAGACGGCCGACCGUCUCAGUACGAGGUGGCCCCCGCGACUGUACGGGACGACGACGGCAACGUCGCCGACGACGACGACGACGACGACGACGACAGCGGCAGCGACGAUCACGGCCACGAUUACGAAAACGACGAUCCGUUCGAUCUCCGGACCGUGCUGAUCCCCGCGAUCGGUCCCGUGGGCGCAGGAAAUAGGCGAGGGGGGAGGGAAACGAAGAAACUAGGCAGGCAGGGAAGCAGCGGGCUCAGUGAGUUGGGUGAAAAUCGAUGGCCAUCAGCGCCCAUGGGCGGCCUCGCGUUUAGGACAAGGAAUAGCCCCUCCCAGAAGACCUCGCUCCGGUGGGGUGACUGCUGCCCCCCAAAUCCCAACCAAGCGUCGUCGUCGGUCGUCUGGAAGCAUCGUCUUCAAGAAAUGCCGCCGGUGCCCGUAUAUCCGGACAAUCCCAAAGCGGAUCACCCGCCGAACUUCUCGGACCUACGUCUCCGUCAGCUCGAGCUCACGCCGGUGGACCCCUAUUCCCCGAAAAUGAUCAACAUCGCCGGGGUAGUUUCCAUCGUUCUCUUUUACCUGCUGAUCUUGGGCGUGGGAAUAUGGGCGGCCAGGAAAAAGGAAGCCGGCAACGACUCCGAGGAGGAGGUCAUGCUAGCCGGCCGCUCAAUCGGGCUCUUCGUCGGGAUAUUCACGAUGACGGCGACCUGGGUCGGUGGUGGUUACAUCAACGGCACCGCCGAGGCAAUCUACACCAGGGGUCUGGUCUGGUGCCAGGCACCCUUUGGAUAUGCUCUCAGCCUCGUUUUCGGUGGUAUUUUCUUCGCGAACAAGAUGCGACAGCAGGGGUACGUCACGAUGUUGGAUCCGCUUCAAGACGCGUUCGGAGAGCGUAUGGGCGGCCUCCUCUUUCUACCUGCUCUGUGCGGCGAGGUUUUCUGGGCGGCGGGUAUCCUCGCAGCACUUGGCGCCACGCUGGCGGUCAUCAUCGACAUGGACCAGGGCACUUCCGUCAUCCUGAGCGCCUGCAUCGCUGUUUUCUACACCCUCUUCGGCGGUCUCUACUCCGUCGCUUAUACCGACGUCAUUCAGCUCUUCUGCAUAUUCAUCGGUCUGUGGAUGUGUAUCCCGUUCGCUUGGUCCAAUCCAAAGGUACAAUCCCUUAGUUCCAUGGACGUUGAUUGGAUCGGCAAAGUGAGUCCCGAGGAAUAUUGGUAUUAUUUGGAUUACGGUUUACUUUUGAUAUUCGGCGGUAUACCUUGGCAAGUGUACUUCCAACGUGUCCUCUCCUCGAAAACCGCGGGGAGAGCUCAAGUAUUGAGUUACGUCGCCGCUAUAGGUUGCAUCCUGAUGGCCAUUCCCCCCGUUUUGAUUGGAGCGAUUGCCAAAGCAACUCCUUGGAACGAGACGGAGUACACUGGUCCUUAUCCUUUCACGGAGACGGAAACCAGCAUGAUUUUACCGUUGGUCUUGCAACAUCUGACACCAGACUUCGUUUCCUUUUUCGGGCUGGGAGCGGUAUCGGCGGCGGUGAUGUCUUCUGCGGACAGCAGCAUCCUCUCUGCUAGUUCGAUGUUUGCUAGAAACGUUUAUAAAUUGAUCUUCCGUCAGCGGGCGUCAGAGAUGGAGAUCAUCUGGGUGAUGCGAGCGGGAAUCGGCGUGGUUGGCAUACUGAGCACCGUGAUGGCCCUCACGAUACCGUCGAUCUACGGGCUCUGGUCCAUGUGCUCGGAUCUGGUCUACGUGAUUCUGUUCCCGCAGCUGCUGAUGGUGGUGCACUUCAAGGACUACUGCAACACCUACGGCAGCCUAUCAGCGUACAUAAUCGCCUUCCUGGUGCGCAUCAGCGGCGGCGAACCGAUGAUGGGGUUGCCCCCGCUAAUACGUUACCCGGGCUACGACGAGGAGACAUCGACGCAAAUGUUCCCAUUCAGGACAAUGGCGAUGCUGAUGUCGCUAAUAACCCUGGUGGGAGUGUCGUACGGCACACAGCUCGCCUUCCUGACCGGCCGGCUCGCCCCGGGUUACGACGUCUUCAGAUGCGUGGUGAACAUCCCAGAGGACGUCGAGCGAGUGGGCCCGGACCCGGCCGAGGGUGAGCAGAUGGCGGUCCUAGCUGCGGGCGUCGGCAGGCUCUACGGCAGCAAGGACGAAUCGAACGGCCGAGUGAAUCCUGCGCUCGAGCCGGACUACGACAUGGAGCCGGGAUGUACGAUGGUCGGAGGUACAAUGGACGGCAUCGUCUGCGACGGCGGCGGCGGCGGCGGCGGCGGCUCGACACCUGGUGGUGGACACCUGGUGCCACGUGUGCCCGGCGGCGCGUCCCGUCAGCCACAAUCCAGCACCGCGUUCUAAUUCCUGGUUCCGUGAUCGGAUGCUGUGACCAACAAUAAGUGCGGCGGUGCGGGUCUCUCUGUCUUUUGUUUCCUUCCUCCAGCUCCACCCUCGUGUGUGAUCCUCUUCUCUCGCUCCCUCCCGUCUGCGUCUUUCGUUCGGAAGUUUGCCCCUGCAGUCGGUUCUCUUCGAAGACCUUGCUGCUUCUUUCAGCGGUAUGUUUAUUUCAAUUUCACGGUUUCCUCUUACACUCUCGACAGCAUCAAUUUUUUACAUAUGUAAUAAAAGAUCGUUCCAAGUGUUAAGUCUCUAAGGGAGGGAUCGGAGAUCUUAUUUCGAUCAGUUCCGUUGUUAAUAUCGUUGUAUAUAAGAUGCGUGAUUGAGAUAGUUUAUUUACCAAAGAUAAUUAUUAAUGAAAUAAUUGCUGAAAUCAUUCCGAAGGAAACUCUUGAACAAGAAUUAAUACUAGAACGUCUCUAAUUUGCCUGCGCGUUGUUUUGCAUCUUGAAUCUAGUCUAUCGACACAAGGCGCGUAAUCAUAUAAUAUACAUUUAGCCAGCAUUGCUUCUUCUAAUCUAAUGUGUCUCCAAGGGAAGAUAAUUAUCGUGAACUGCGAAGAUAAUUAUCGUGAUGAUCCUAUACCGUAGAUAGUCGGAAUUGUUAACGGCAGAAAUUGUCCCUCUUGGAGGGGUCGUUCUAGUGUUAAUCGACUUUUUUCCGACUUUCCCAGCUGGUUACGUAAACCCACGGUCUCCUGUUUUCCAGUUCACUUUUCCUUUUUCUACCCGCCGGUACGUCCACGGAGCUCCGAGAUGAGCCAACAAUGCGGUGGCCUGCGGUAAGUCUGAUACGAAAUUUCUUUCGUACUCGCGUACCUAUGAGUAUGUAUUUGUGCGUGCGUGCGUGCGUGCGUGUAUGUGUGUGCGUGUGUAUCCGCAUGUUGCUGGUGCCCGUCUAACGAUCUGUACCUGCCCGCGUCCGCUCGCGCUCGUGUUCCCAAUUCCCAUCGCUGCUCAGAAAAAGCAAUAAACUAAUGAGAAAAUGGGGAUAAAAAAGGGGGGACAGAAAGCGGAAGAAUAAGGUGAUUGGAAAGUACGCGCGAGCGGCAAGGGGAUAAAGCGUAGCGUUUCCAAACCGGAAGUCGGAGCUUCGGGCGUAUUCAGGCCGGACAUCCCUACCCCGCACCGCCAAUUAGGCCUAGUGAUUUCCUUGUUUUCU